UGUUUUUGUUUAUUUCAAUAAAGAGUUAACUUCACUAACACCUUGUGAGUUAUUGCUGACCUGCUCCCAACUCCUGUCUUGACAUCGAUAUGCAGAUGACAUUCAGCUCAGUCUCUCUUUUCCACCUAUGCAUCCCAAGAAAGCUGACCAGAUAUCAGGAUGCAUAUUGGAAGGGAUGGUGGGGAGGAAGGCAGAAACCUAAUUCAGAUAAGAGGUUCUGUGGGUUGAGAAGUUGGCUGAUCUAAAUAGAGGUGUGAGACCUGUUCCAAAUGGGGCUGCACUUUUGUUGAAAGAGCAGUUGUGCAGCUUGGGGGUGCUGUUGGAUUCAUUCCUGUCCAGAGAUGCAUAUAUAGUGGCAGUGGCCGGAAGUGCCUCUACCAGCUCAGGAUGAGUCAAACCUGGCCUCAGUUACCCAUGCACUUGUGUCCUCCAAAGUGGACUACUGUAAUGUUGUUUCCACAGGGGCUGCCUUUGAUGAUGGGUCAGAAAAUUUAGUUGGUGCAAAAUGUGGUAUAUACAUACAGAUAGAGGCCAGAAAGUCUUCUCAUCUAACACUGUUUCUACACCAGCUGCAAUAAUUACCAGUAUGGUUCUGGGCCCAAUUCAAAGUGCUGUGUUUAUCUUUCAGGUUUGCUUAAGGAUUGCCUUUAUCUGUACAGCCCAGCUUGUGCCCUAAAACAGGAUUGGGAAAACUUUGGCUCUCCAAAUGUUGCUGGAUUACAGCACCCAUUAUCCCUGAUUAUUCACCAUGCUUGCCUUGGGGCCAAUAGGCAUUGUAGUUCUGAGCCAUCAGAAGGGCCGCAGGUUCCCCACCCUUGUCCCAAGAUCUUUUUCGGAGGUCCUGUUUGUAUAUCUGUCAAUAAGAUAAACUAGGCUGUGGAGCACAAGAAGCAAGACCUUCUUGGUGAUGGCCCCACAGUUUUAGUGUACAGUAGUACCUCCGCUUAUGUAACGCUAUCGUUACGUAAACUUCGUGAUGUGUAAGUGGCAAACUCAGAAGUAUUUUAACAGGUUUUUGCCACACAUACAUGCGCAGAAGCAGUCCUCCGGUUGUGAAAACCUCGGGAUCCGGCCGGACCUCCGGAACAGAUCCCAUCCCCAACCAGAGGUACCACUGUAAUUGACCUCUUCAAUAUUGGUUUUUUUUAAUAGUUUUGAAGAAAACCUCAACACUGUCAUUUCUUAAGACUGUAAAUGAGCAGCUUUCUAAUGCUAAUACAAACCUCUCUAAUAUAUCUCAUACAGCUUUGUAUCAUUCAUUUUCAUAUAUGUUGUUUCUGAGAGCCAAAAAGAUAUUUUGAAUGAACAAAUACAUACACUGAGGUAGGAGUGUUUUGCCCUGAAAGCUGUAUUUUCGUGCCCCCACUGGAUAUAGCAAGCAGUGUGUGCAAAUCACUUUGUAGUCUAGGGGGCAGGUCCUGAGGAAUUGACUCUUUUCUUGACAAUAUUUUUCCCUCUUGGGAUUUUUUCAUCCAUGAACUGAGUUCAAUAUGCAUGCCACAUAAAUAUUGGAGCUUCUUCAUUUUUAUUUUAUAGACAUUUCUGACUGAUGAGAGUUAAAGGCCAUGGAUGAAGAUGGGCUUGAGCUACAGCCACAUGACCCACAUGCGUUUUUUGAUCCUACAGGAACUGAUGGAACACAUUUGAAUGGAAAUGAGAUUGUUGUUGAAAUACAGGAAACAGUCUAUGUCUCAGAUGUGGAGGAUUCUGACAUAACAGUUCAUAACUUUGUCCCAGAGGAUCCUGAUUCUGUAGUAAUCCAGGAUGUAAUUGAGGACGUUGUUAUAGAAGAUGUUGAGUGUCCAGAUAUCAUGGAAGAUACUGAUGUAUCUCAAACUGUUAUUAUGCCUGAACCAGUGCUGGACACUGAUGUCACUGAGGAAGUGUCUUUAGCACACUGCACUGUUCCAGAAGAUGUUUUAUCCUCUGAGAUCACAGCUUCAGCAAUGUCGAUACCUGAGCAUGUGCUCACAAGCGCGUCAAUGCACGUACCUGAUGUUGGACAAUUGGAACAUGUUGUUCAUGAUCAUAGUAAUGUUGUAGAAGCAGAAAUUGCCACAGGUUCUCUGGGAGAAGAUGUAGUUUCUGAAGUUUUGGUAGCAGAUUGUGCCUCUGAAGCUGUAAUUGAUGCCAGUGGAAUACCUGUGGAACAUGAUAAUGACAAGGGCAACUGUGAAGACUACCUUAUGAUUUCCUUGGAUGAUGCUGUCAAGGCAGAAACUGAUGAUUCUGUUGACCUGACAAGAAAAACUGUGUCAGAAAAUGAUCCUUGUAAAAUGGAUGGCAUUUGCCCAGAAGUCAUCAAGGUGUAUAUUUUCAAAGCUGAUCCAGGGGAAGAUGACUUAGGAGGCACAGUAGAUAUUGUGGAAAGUGAAUCUGAAAAUGACAAUGGAGACACAUUAAUGAAUCAAAAUAGCAGUGUUCGCAUUCCAAGGGAAAAAAUGGUUUAUAUGACAGUAAAUGAUUCCCAGCAUGAAGAUGAAGAUUUAAAUGUUGCAGAAAUUGCUGAUGAGGUAUAUAUGGAGGUAAUUGUAGGAGAGGAAGACGCAGCAGCUGUUCACGAACAGCAAAUUGAUGAGAAUGAUAUUAAAAGCUUUAUGCCGAUAGCUUGGGCAGCAGCUUAUGGUAAUAACACAGAUGCAGUUGAAAACCGAAAUGGAACAGCUAGUGCUCUCUUACACAUAGAUGAGUCUGCUGGUCUUGGAAGGCUAGCAAAACAAAAACCAAAGAAAAGGAGGAGGUUGGAAUCCAGACAAUAUCAAACAGCAAUAAUAAUUGGGCCCGAUGGCCAUCCUUUGACAGUCUACCCCUGUAUGAUUUGUGGGAAGAAGUUUAAAUCUAGAGGCUUCCUGAAAAGGCACAUGAAAAACCACCCUGAGCACCUUCUUGCUAAGAAAAAAUAUCGAUGUACUGAUUGCGAUUACACUACAAAUAAAAAGUUAAGUUUGCAUAACCAUCUAGAGAGCCACAAGCUUACUACCAAGACCGAGAAGCUAAUUGAAUGUGACGAAUGUGGGAAAAGUUUCUCUCAUGCAGGGGCUUUGUUUACACACAAGAUGGUGCACAGGGACAAGGCAGCAAACAAAAUGCACAAGUGCAAAUUCUGCGAGUAUGAGACAGCAGAGCAGGGAUUACUGAAUCGUCACCUUCUGGCUGUGCACAGCAAGAACUUUCCACACAUUUGUGUGGAAUGUGGGAAAGGAUUUCGGCAUCCGUCAGAGCUCAAGAAACACAUGCGAAUCCACACCGGUGAAAAGCCCUACCAGUGCCAAUAUUGUGAGUAUAGAUCGGCUGACUCUUCCAACCUGAAAACUCAUGUAAAGACUAGACACAGUAAGGAAAUGCCCUUCAAAUGUGACAUUUGUUUUCAGAUAUUUUCAGAUACCAAAGAGCUGCAACAGCACAUCAUUAUGCAUCAAGAAAGCAAAACACAUCAGUGUCUGCACUGUGACCACAAAAGUUCAAACUCGAGUGAUUUAAAGCGACACAUAAUUUCCGUUCACACAAAGGAUUACCCCCAUAAGUGUGACAUGUGUGACAAAGGCUUUCACAGGCCCUCAGAACUGAAAAAACAUGUUGCAGUGCACAAAGGCAAAAAAUUGCACCAGUGUAGACAUUGUGACUUCAAGAUUGCAGAUCCGUUUGUUCUAAGUCGCCAUAUUCUCUCAGUUCACACAAAGGAUCUUCCGUUCAGGUGCAAGAGAUGUAAGAAGGGCUUCAAGCUGCAAAUGGAACUCAAAAAACACAUGAAAACACACAGUGGUAGAAAAGUUUAUCAGUGUGAGUUCUGUGAGUAUAGCACUACAGAUGCCUCAGGUUUCAAACGGCAUGUUAUUUCCAUUCAUACAAAAGACUACCCUCACCGUUGUGAGUUCUGCAAAAAAGGCUUCAGAAGACCUUCAGAGAAGAACCAGCACAUUAUGCGGCAUCAUAAAGACAUUGGGCUGCCGUGAGGACUCCUUAUUCUAUGAAAUUUAGAAGGGUGUGUGUAAAAGAUUUGCUUUCUAGGCAGUCAUUGUAUUAUAAAGCAGAUCACACAAACAAACUAGCGUGCAUUUGAUUUAGUGCUGUAUACAGAUAGGAUUAUUGCUUCUAGUUGACUUUUAUACAUUUUGUUCAUUAGUGUGUUCUGAAUUCUCUUCCGUUUAAUAAAUGAGGAAGGAUAGCAACAAUAAAGUUGCAUUUAAUAAAGUAAACCCUGUCUCAAAAUGAAUUUUUCAACCACAUUUGUUCUCUGAAAUAUUUACCUUACUGACAUGGUUCAUAUUCAGUGACCAUAUUAACAGUUUUGUCAUGAGUUAAAGAUAUAUUUUUAAUUUGCUCUUAAUAAAGCAGUCAUAAAAAGAUUGUAUAAAAUAAACUGGAGGAAAUUAAUGUAAGAAGAUAACAUUGUACCAUAGGACCCACUUAUUGUUUCAUCUGAUAUUUUAAAAUUUGUGACACAAUCUUCAUUUGAGUAGUUACUCAUUACUAUUCUCCAUCAUUUGGAGUUCUUUUUACAUAAUGUUUAAUUCUUCCAUGAUAAGUAAUAGUUGGUUGCUGGGAGCAUUUAUUUUCAGGAAGUGUGAAUUUAAAACUUCAGGCAUUUGUUCAUACAUAUUAACUACGUGCUUCUCUUUUGGUUCUGUAUUACAAAUGCAUUUGUGUUUUGAAACUUAUUGCUGAUUCAUAGUGCAUAUGGAUACAUUUGUUUCAGUUGUGGCAGGAUCAAUUGACGGUUGUUAAGGUUACCCCAAAUUAAAAAUCAUUUUUGUUACAAGACUCCAUGAAAUAUUUGGUCCAAUCAUAUUUUUAACUAUCCACCAGCAGCUUUGGACAGCUUUUCAAAGAAUAUAAACUGUAUAAAUGGAGCACAUUAGAUGGAGCAAUAAAGAAUAGAAACAGAUGCUAUCUUCAUGAAGAACUUGUUUUCCAGCAACUUUUUGUAUAUUUUCUCUAUUACUCUCUUAGGAACACAGGGUGAUAUCCAAUGUUUCUCCCUCAGCUGAUGGAAGGAGUCGAUGUCAGUAGGCAAACAAGGCAGUUUUCAUUGAUUCCUCCUCCCCAGUACAGCCCCUCCAAAAUCUACUGUGGAGAGUCCUCAAACUUCCAGAGCAGAUUUCGAUGGAGCACAGAGAGCUAUGAGGAGGAGUAAUUUUCUCCUUUCCCCUGUGAAACAUUAGAUGUCACAGCUUUUCUUAAAGAAUCGUUUCAGUAACAAGCGUGUAGUGGUCCUUCCAAUCAGUUUAUUAAGUAGUAAUUAUCUAGAGUUUGUCUAGUUCUUCCUUAUCCAUUUAUACCCUUCUGGAUAGAUGUUGCAAUGAUCACCUGUGCUCUGAAAGCUAAGGCUGCCACAACCUGCUUCACGGCAAACAAUGUACUCUUAUGAAUUUGCAAAGUGCAGUAAAACAGGGUUGGGCGGGGACUCCAAAGCAUGCUGUAAGGGAUGACAUCUUAGUGAACGUACAUAGUCUGGUGUGUUUGGCUUGUUGGCUUCUUCAACCCCUUCCCUUCUGUUUUGGUCCCAAAAGUACACUGGUCAAAUAUAAUGAGAUGAGACGCAAGUUCCAAGUGAACAGUUUUUCCUCUGUGCUUCCUUCACCUCUCAUCAGAAACACAAUAUCCCUAUGUGGCCAGAAAAUACAAUGUCUGUACAUUUCUUCAAAUAAAUACCUCAGUAUUCCUGGGUUGAUUGGUUUUGCUUAAUGGAAACAAGAAUUACUUGAGACAGCCAUAUGUAAACAUAAACACUUGAUAUGCUAACAUAAAACGUUUUGUUUUAUACAAACCUAAGUGUGUUGGAUUUAUGUGCAGCUAUGUUUGUUUCUGACCUUCUUUUGUGUUUGGACUGUUGCAUGUUCACCAAACUCCUGGAAUAGAUAGUGGGGACCUCUAGUAAUCAAAUGCACUCAUGACUUCUGCUCCAAGAUGCACAUGGCCAUUUCUUUAUCUUUUAGUAGAUUUAAGCAGCGCUUGUAUAGAAUCCUGUAAAAGAUUCUAGGUGGUUUCUUUACUGUGGGAUUAUGGCCUGAAAGCCUGGUCCUAAAAGCACUUGUACUCAUUGAUUCAAUGGAAACUUAGGUGCCUCAAUUUUCAUUGAAGUCCUGCCCAGAUUUCCAAAUAAUUUACAAAAGUUAUUUUCAAGCCUGUUAAAAAGUUAGUAAACCUCAAAUUCUCAGUCUGCUGCUGAAAAGUAUUAUCCAUAUUGAAAAACUCUUCUUGGACAAUUACUCAAAUUAAGAACAAAAAAGUGACCCACUUCCUAUUUUUGUAACAUCAUCUGGAAUCGUAAAUACUUGUUUUGAAGCAUAAUUUUGGAAACGUAUGCAAUUAAGAGUUUAGUGAAGUGGAUUUUGUACAAUGUAUCUGUAAAAAGAGCAAAUCAAAACUAGUUAUUGUUAAUGUAAUAAUAGUUACAGGCUAGUUUUAUUUGAUUAGCGAAUGCUAUAAAAUUGAUGUUUCAGUUCCAUGUUUUAAAUGGUACAUUAAAAAAAACCAACUGAGAACAUAAUAUAAAUAAUUGUUCUGUAAAAAUGCUUGUUAAAUACUAUAUGUCCCUCCCUGUGUACACUUUGUAAAAAAAGAAAAAGAAAAGAAAUAGAGUCCUAUAUAGGGAUGUGUAACGUUGUAUUGUGUACUUGAUGAUAAUGUGAAAAAAAUAAAAAUCAGACUAUUUUCCUGUUAA